GCAGUCCCCGGUCGGCGGGCGUCCUCCUUCGGCUUGCAGUGACCGCCCCGGCCCUUUUGCCUGACUGUUCACUAUGCCUACCCCCGCCCGCGUCUCGCCGAGGACGGUACCGGGGAAGGGCGAGGGGAGCCGCCGCCCUGUCACUCCCUGAGCCAGCCGCCGCCUCACCGGAGAAGCUCUGUGUGUUACGGGUGCCGCGCAGCCCCGCCGGGCGCUGAGGGCUGCCGAUACCUCGCGCCUCCCCAGAGGGCACAAUAUAGAACUAUGAUAGCAACCGGAGGAGUCAUAACAGGACUGGCUGCCUUAAAAAGGCAAGACUCUGCAAGAUCUCAGCAACAUAUAAAUCUUUCUACAGCUCCAGCUACUGAGGAGAAGAAACCAGUUAGAUGCCGGCCUAGGGCAGAUGUAGUUAUUGUCAGGGGCAAAAUCCGUCUCUAUUCUCCAUCGGGAUUCUUCCUUGUUUUGGGAGUGCUUAUCGCAUUCUUUGGAAUUGCAAUGGCCAUCCUUGGAUACUGGCCCCAAAAGGAACAGCUUUUAGGAUCUGAAGAUAAUCUCUCUGUAAAUGAAACCCAAGUCUUGAGAAGCCAAGGAAGCAUUUUACUUCGUUUCUUUGAACAGCAUGUGCACUCGGAUAAGAUGAAAAUGCUGGGUCCUUUUACUAUGGGCAUUGGAAUCUUCAUUUUUAUUUGUGCAAAUGCCAUUCUGCAUGAAAAUCGUGACAAGGAAACAAGAAUCAUACACAUGAGAGACAUAUACUCCACUGUAAUAGACAUCCACACACUGAGGAUCAAGGAACAAAAGCAGCUGAGUGGUGCCUUCACUGGCUUGUUGGGGGAAGGAGAACUCGGGCACAGCGGGAGCUUGUGUGCUUCACGGCUGGCUGCAAACACAGUUGCACCUUUCUCUGGCUUCAAGAGUAAUUUUAGAAUGGAUAGUUCUGCUGAAGAAGAUGAGACUGCCCUAAAUGAAGACAGAACUACUGGUAGCCUCCUGCCACCUCUGCUGACAGAGCAAUCUGGUUCAGUCUUUGGACUUUACCCUCACUCCAGCAAGGCUUCAGAUGACAAAAACACUAGCUCUAUAAAGUGUGAAACAAAAUCCAUUGUGUCAUCUUCAAUUAGUGCUUUCACUCUACCAGUAAUUAAACUGAAUAACUGUGUUAUUGAUGAACCCAGUAUAGACAACAUAACUGAGGACUCGGAGAUUACUAGGAGUCGGUCUAGAAAUCUGUCGAUGGAUUCUCUGGCUAUUCCACUAACUGAUACCAAUGAAUCCUAUAGACCAGCCUCUACCAUGCUGCCAAGACACAAUUCUUUUGGGGACAGUCCAUCUGAUCAGUUCAAAUCUUCUAUGACUCUUGGACCAAGCACAGGAAAGCUUUUAUCUCCUGGUGCUGCCAGGAAACAGUUUGGGUCCAAUGCAUCUUUGCAUCUUCUGUCUUCACAUUCAAAGUCCCUGGACUUGGACAGGGGUCCGUCUAUGCUCACUGUCCAAGCUGAACAAAGGAAGCACCCUAGCUGGCCCAGACUGGAUCGGAGCAACAGUAAAGGAUAUAUGAAACUAGAAAACAAAGAGGACCCAAUGGAUAGGUUACUUGUGCCACAAGCGGCAGUCAAGAAAGACUUUACUAAUAAGGAAAAACUUCUUAUGAUAUCAAGAUCUCAUAAUAAUUUGAGUUUUGAACAUGAUGAGUUUUUGAGUAACAACCUGAAGAGAGGAACUUCUGAAACAAGAUUUUAAUAUUUAAAUUGCAAUAUAGAAGAUGUCACACAGUAUUUUUUAAAAAACAUUUUGACAAGUGUUUCCUUUUCAGUGACACUAGUACUAGCCUGUUUUUAACCAAAUGCUUAAUAUAGCCCAUCAAAACUGGUUUGUGUGAACAGAGAUCUUCAUCUUUGUAAUGUCAGGUUUUUUGUCUUAGUAACAUCCAGCUGCAAUACUGUACAUUAUCAAUUGCUCAGAGAGUUUUGGUAGAACUGAUUCUAAUUUUCCCUGAGUCAUUAUUGCUUUUGUUCUAUAUAAGCAUGCUAUCUUUUAUCAAUUGACUCCAGAAGUCUGCAUUAGGAAAAAAGCUCCAUUUACCUGUAGGUUCUAUCUAUUUCAUAACUGCAACAGUCUGAAAACAGUGCUUGCAGUCUGGAAUGGGAAGUGAACAGGAGCACACCCUGGAAUUGUCAAAUCCAGGCCUAUAUCCUAGGUGUUGUCUUUUACAUACGGUACAUCUUGGUAACUUCAGUCUUGCCAUUGUCAUUGUGAGAAACUUGUUUACAUAUUGGGAUGGGUGGAUAAAAAGGAGUGGGUAUAAUUAAAAACAUUUUUGUAAAUUCAUUGUAAUUGGUCGAGUUGAAUACCAGUGUUGUGAAUUAUUAACUAUGCUUUGUACAAUAAUCUUACUACGUCCACUGUAAUUUAAUCUUGUAAUUCUGGGAAAACAUAUAUAAAGUAAGAAAUCUGAAAAUUCUUCUGGGAUUAGUUAUCUAACCCACUUUGAUUGGCAGCAGUUUUAAAAUAAAAAUAUACAUAUUCAAUUAAAAUCAUAGGAACACGAUGAAUGCCAACAGGAUUUUAGAAACAUAGUGUAUAAUAAGAUUAUAUUGUGACAUGCAUCUGAAGAGAAUAAUGGAAAAUGAAUAUAUUGCCUCUCAUUACAAUAACAAGAAGUUAAAUAGCUUGAUCUCUGUGUUCAAAAUACCGAUACAAAGCAUACAGUUCAAUAUGUAUACUAACAAAGAAUGAAAGACCUUUGACUAAAUUUUGAUUUCCGUAUUUCACAUAAUUAUUGGUGUGAUGGUUCACUGAAGGUUUAGCUGUGGCAAUUUGCAUUACAAGAUUUUGCAAAAGGAAGUGACAUUUAAAACAAUGUUUUUCUCAGCAAGCUGAGCUUCACAGUUGACAGUUGUAUUACUAAAGAAAAUGAAAAUUUGAAUGUGCAUACCAGAAGGUUUUCAUGUAUUUCACUAAGGUAUUUAGUCCACAAUCCUGCCAUGACAGCCGUGCUAGAGAAUGUCACUUCAAGUGACAUUUGUUGCAAGGCUCACCUAACAGGAUGUUGGUCUUAAUUGGUUGGUUUUGAUAUUUUUACUUAAUCUAAAUACUCAGGAAUUCUUUUUAAUGGCUUUUCCCAAAAAGAAUAAAACCUGUUAAAACGUGGUUGUUCUUCAUUUACUUUGAUUAUGGAAGAUCAAAGAUGAAAAUGCCCUCUCUUUUUUUAAUAUUAAACUCCGUAUUUCAACUGCGUGAUGUUUAUGUAUCAGGAGCAUUACUCGCUCAGUGAAUUGAGGCAUAGUGUUAACUGUUAGAACCUCAAGCCUAUAUAUUGUAAAA